AUGCGGAAUCGACCCUAUCAACAAGGCUUGGGAUUGAGGACGACGCCGGCCACGCGGACGCACGACGCCAACUUCGAUAACAAAGAACGCCGCGCGGGACGCCCCGCCGCCCUCUUCCCGCACGUUCGCGACGCGGCGUCCGCCGAGGAGGACGCCGCUUUCCCCGUGGUCGCCUUCGCGGGCACCUUUGCGAUAUACGCGAGCUGCUACCUCGCACGCAACAACGCUGCCGUCGCAAAGAUCGCCUAUGGUGGCGCGCUGAGCACGGCGCACCUCGCGAGCGCCGACGCGGCCUUUCUGAGUGCCUACACGCUGUCGUCGUUCCUGUUCGCGUCGGCGUCGGAGAAGGCGGGCGGUUGGCGAGUGGCGUGCGUGGGCCUGCUGGCGGCGGGCUUGUCGCAGGCUGGCGUCGUGACGCUUCCCGGCGGCGCAGCGCCGGACUGGCGCGCACUGGCGGCGUGCUACGCGCUGAACGGUCUGUCGCAGGGCGCGCUCUUCCCCGCGUGCAAGGCGGUGCUCGCCAACUCCAUCCCGGCGAGGAUCCGCGGCAAGGCCAUCGCGGCGUGGAACACGUCCUUCUACCUGGGCGGUGUGGCUGCGACGGCCGUCGCCUCGCAGCUGCUGAGCAUGGGCUACGACUGGCGCGCGCUCUACUUGCUGCCGGCGUGCCUGCUGUCGAGUCUCGCGCUGGGGCUGCUGCCGCUCGACCCGGGCGAGGGCACCGAGUUUGGCGCUGGGUUGGCGCCAGGGGGGACUACCGCCAUCGCCACCGCCACCGUCUCCAGCAGCGGCGGCUACGAGCUGUGGGGCUGCGGGCUGACCUACGCCGCGGUGAAGAUGCUGCGAUACUCGCUCAUGCUCCUGGGGCUAUUGCUGCCGCUGCUGCCGACGGCCGCGACGAUCCCCGACGCGAUGCUGCGCCAGCUCGCGCUAGUGGGCGCCGCGCUCAGCGUUGGCAUCGCCACAGGCGCGGCAGAGACCGUGCAGGGCUCGCUCGCGCCGCUGGCGAUCGCCGAGCGCCUCGGCGGCGCGCCCGGCCGUGCGGUGGGCUUCGUCAACGGCUGUGGCUCGGUGGGCUCUAUGUUGGCCGCGCCGCUGUUGCCGCUGCUGUCGGUGCUGGCCGUGCGCAUGGGGAUGCACUCCACCGACGCGCUCGGCCUGCUCGCGCCCGUCGCCGGCGCGAGUGCCGCCAUGGUCUACGUUUUCGGCCGGAAAAGAAUCGGCCGCAGCAAAGCUGGGUUGUUGCACGAGUAUAUGGGACACCGAUGUCUCAAAUAUGAGAGGCCGCAGGCCUGGGAUGACAAGUGCACCUGGGGCGGGCUGCAACGGCUGCACUUCGUGGUGCACCCCUGCUUGCUUGGCUGA